UGCACGAUGCUGCUUACACUGUAGUUGCUGCUAAAAUCCAGAAGAAGCUGGCUGCUCAUGCAUUUCAGCCUGACCCACCGCAUACGAAAGUGAGAAGAAAAAGAAAAAGAGAGAAGAGAGGGGAAGUCCAGGAGGAGGAGCGGGAGUAGGAUGGGAAGGAUUAAGAUCAAGCAGUGCAGGUCAUUGCUGGAGUGUAUGGGGAGGAAAACGAGAGCUAAGUCAACUGAAGCAACAUAGCAAAUGCUGAAGAGCCUUGGACAAUCAAAUGGCGUUGCUAAAGAAAUGGCUAGCUGACUAUUUAAUCUCGCAGUGAAAUUGAGAAAAGAGCAAACGUCUGUCUGGCUCCUCGAGAACUCGGCUGCAGAGGACCCUGUCAUCGAACAGGGAAUUAUCACGAUUACUAUGUACAUAACUACAUGGCAUCCCGUCCUACCAGCAUCUUUCGCAGGGACAGGGAUGAUUUGACUCUCCGCGGAAGCAUGGCAUGGCAUCACACAGUCCACGGUUCAGCCAGAAAUACAGCCAUGCUUCUUUAUGCCUGCAGGGUGGAAACACCGAGACAUUGGGCCUCCCCUUGACGGCCCUGAGCUGUGCUUUUUAUGCCAUCUGGUCUUUCGCUACCAUCUUCUACUUCUGGUAUUUGCAAGGAAGCAUCACGAUAGUAUAUCCUGUUCUUUAUGCACUUGAAAUACGAAUAUAAAGCGGCUCACAGACACUGUAAGGGAAAUCUUCUCACCUUAUAUAUCAAUCAUUAUCUGCGGGAAAUGAACUUAUGUGGUGUCGACCCUUCAACCUACCGCUGCCUUCCAUUUUUCUAGUGAUCGUUUCCUUGUCGUGGUAGAAGAAUUCGCUGUCAAUAUAUCCAAUAUAUGUUACCAGGAGCUGCCGCAUUCCUGAUAUAUACUGAUCCGAAGGCAUGUUGGACGACGACACUCCUCCUUCAAAGGCCGUUGCUGGCGGCGUGCAGACACAGAAACGCAAGGCCAUGCAGACGUCAUACCCUCCAGAAACAACGCGCCUGCGGAUGGCUUGUGACAGGUGUCAUGCACACAAGCUACGGUGUUUACGGUCAGAGUCCACAGAACCCGGCAGUAAAUGUGAACGUUGCCGUCGUGCUGCUGUUCAGUGCAUCUAUAGUCCACCGAAUCGUCUGGGACGCCCAGCGAGGUCACAUUCUGGUACAGGAAUAGCAGCAAAGCCCACAACAAGUACGAUCGCAAGCACACCGAGCAAAGAAUCACAGAGUAACUCGCAUAUUGCGAACGCCUGGCCAUCUCCGAAAUCCCCACAUCCACCCAGCCCGAUGCCUUAUCAAGAUAUAUCCACUCGUGGGUCAAGCAUGGAUAUCCUAGCAGACGAGAGCGGAGCGUUUGAGGAUCUCCAUCUAAGCGGGUCCCACUUUAAACUUGAUGUGAUGCUGCCUCUAAUUAGCAGUGCGAAACAGCCUUAUGAGGAUGCGAACAUCAUGCUCAAUAACGGGCAAGGAUUUCCAAUGGAGAACAUACCCAAUGCGCACAUCACACAAGAAUUCACACUCGCGGACGAAAACACAGCUGACUGCGUCCGGAAGCUGACCGACCUAGGCCUUGCACAGUACAACCAACUCCGACAGCUCAAACGGAUAAGGAGCUGUACUAACAGGGAUAAGCAGGGGCUACUUACGCUAUUACACAACUAUCCAAUCCAGGAGAUUAUGGAGACAGCUCGACAGCUCACAGAAUUAGUCGACCAAUUCAUCAGGUACCGGGGAUUGGGGGCGACUUGCUCAGCUCUUCCCCGGACUCAGCUGGCGAACCGCCGUUAUGUUGGGAUGGAACUGGAGAUUUCAAUUGUAGUUCAGGUUAGCGAGCACAUACUAAAUCGUUUAUGCAACUCGCUAGGAUUGCCCCAGGGACAGGACACUGGUCAGAGUCGACUAAGAUCUGAAAUGAUCACGCCGGCUAUGUUGCAGGCAGUUCAGGUGCAGGAGAGACUCGAUGCUCAGGAUGAAAAGGGGGACACGUUCACACAGCUGCCGCUGGUAAUAAAUAGUGUGAAGAAAAUGAUCAAAGUGCGGCCAUUUCUAUAG